ACACAUGAUUUCAAGUAGAAUAGCAUAGCGAAAUAGCGAAAGCGGAAUUCAUUGGAGCCUAUGUUUUCAUUUUCAUUUUGUUUCCUUGACAAUCAAGUAACAAUGUUGUUCUCUGUAACCUCGGUGUUUCUUCUUUUACUCUUAAAUAACUCUUUAAGCCUGCCUUUAGGGAAUGAACCAAUGUGCUCAAAAUUUGCUUAUGACGAGCAAUUGUUAGAAAAAAUGAUUAGGCAGGAAAUAAAGGUAGAAUCGAUGCAGAAAGAUAUUAAGAAAACGCAAGAAAAUGUUUCAUUUACGCUUGAGGAAGUUAAGAAAACUAGUGUAGAGGUGUCUAAAACACUGGAGUCCUUGCAGAACAAUGCCACGGAGGUGAUGAAAGGAAUCAUCCGCGACAAAGAAAGAAAUGAAGAAAUACUGAGAAAAACAUUUGCAGAACAACGGAAUAAUUUCACAACUGAUAUGGAGGAAGGAAAGAAGAUGUUAAAAGAACUUUCAGAAAACGCUAAAAGGCCUUCCGUUGGAUUUUUUGCACACAAUGUGGUAGAUCUAAAGCUUGACAAGACAGACAAAAUCAUCAUAUUUACCACAGCAACGACAAAUGAAGGAUCAGGAUAUGACAAUUCCACUGGGAUCUUCACAGCACCUGUCGGGGGAUUGUACCAAUUUAUUGUUAAUUAUUGUUCAAAUCAUAAGAAUCAUGCACCUCUUGGCUUGGUGCUAUCAGGAAACGUGAUUGUUCGAUCGUCCCAUUACGAUGCAGACUACUAUACUUGCAGCUCAUUUUCUGCACUUAUAAGAGUGAAAUCGGAAGAGAAGGUGUGGGUUAAAUGUUUGUCUGGCUCAUCCGGUUACGCUUUAUAUCAAGAUACUUGGAGGAUGAACUCCUUCAGUGGAAUUCUUGUCAAUAAGUAAACAUUCAAUAUCCUCACGCAUGAAAUGUAACAGAGGAUUUUUAUACAGUACACAGUGCGCUGACAGUUUCACAAAAGAGAUGUACAUGUAUAUAUCCAUAAUUGAUAUUAUUUCUUAACUACUAUAUUAUUGUUUGUGAAUUAAGUAACUAUAUAUUCGUUUAUUUAAGUGUCUUAAUUCUCACAUUUACAAAUACAUGUAUAAUACAUAAAAUUCAUAUACAUUUAAAAUACAAAUCAACUAAGAUUUAUAAAAGACAUAUGUAACCAUUAUCACAUAUAAUAUGACUAUUUACAUAUAAAACAGGUAAGAACUAUAAUAUUCUUGUUAAUCUGAUUCAUAUUUAAAAAAUUGCUAUAGAAGAAAUAAAAGAAAAAAAUAGAUAGAGGAUAUGUGUUUAGUUCAGUGUAACAUCGGAAUAUAUUUCACCGAGUGAGCACCAAAAGGUAUAUUUCACGAGUGGCGCAGCCACGAGUGAAAUAUGAACUUUUGGUGUUCACAAGGUGAAAUACCGGUAUAUUUCGAUCUUACACUAAACUAAACUAAUUUUCUUUUUAUUAUAUGCAAAGAAACGUUUUAAAAAGACAUUUAACCUAAUACUGAAUGAAAAGCGCACCAAAUAAUGAUACAACGUGACGUCAUUUACGACGUCACGUCAUUAAGUUGGUACCCAGUACUGUGCACGCUGGUAUUUCACUGAAACAACGUAAGGGGCUUAAAUUCAAAACAGUGAAAUUAUCAAAGUGGUAAUUUCACUGUUUCAAACAGUGAAAUUACCAGUUUUAUUUCACUGAUAUAUUUCUAUAAACCACCGAAAAGCAUGUAAUAAAAGUUGGAUAAUUUGGCAAUACAUACUCAACAACUAAUAUAAGUUUAGUUCAGUUGAUCUCCUUUAGUAUUAUAAUUUAUUGGUAUAUAAUAACUCAGUCUCUAGAGAAUUGAGUUUUUUGACGCUGCUCGGAGCAACAUACAAAGCCUAAGAAAGUUACUUAACAUAUUAUAUAGACUAUAUGUACUAUGUUCUGCUUUAUAUACAUGAGACUUUAUGCAUCAUGAUGGCCCUCUCUAGCAUUGUGUUUGUUGUUUUUUUAUAUUAAUAGAUGUUUUCAAAACGGCAAAUGUUAAACAUUAACUUAAUUGGUUUCUUAUCAUCAGCUAUAUGUACACGUACUUCUCAAUAUAUCAAUAUCGUUUCGAAAUUGGAAGAGAAAAAGAGGAUAUUUUAUUGUUAAAGCUAUAUCAAUAUGAACAUUACAACACUUUUUGUUUUCUAUGCGAUAGUAAUGCUUCAUGCGGAAUAGUGAUAUGAAAUAAUAAAUCAAACAGAUCAUUGAAGAAAUAUUCAAUUGAUUUGUCAACAGAAAAGAUUUCCUUCAAAAUAAACGCAAACAAUAAAUUUGAAGUGGAUUGAAUCUAGACGGUAUCACUAUUAAUUAUCAUACUGUAAAUAAAGGGAAAUACUUAAAUAAACAUAUUGACCUCUGACAAGAUAGAUGUUUUGUUUUUCAAAUGAUUUGAGCACAAUCUUAGGAUAUUAUGAUUAUCAUAAUGUGUGUCCUUUUCACUUGUUAAGGAAUGUGUUAUGCCCCAUAUUUGCACGCAAAUUCGAUUCAAAGGCGAUUUUCAAGUAGUUUUGUAAUUACAAAUAUCAUACUAGAAAUAUAGUUCAUUGAAUUCUUUCAAAGUAUGUUUUUACAUACCGUAUUCUUUCUUCUUUCAAACUUUUCAUGUU